UAGGAGAAAUUUGCCACAUAGAAUGGAGAGGAGUUACGUGUACGAGCCCUGAGGGACGUAGCACAACCGACCAGUCUUUCCCGCGACGUCGUGGCUCAGGGAGGUAGACGUACACUGACCACUUUACACCAUCACAGCUUACCAGGGCUUGGUGUUGAAGUGAAAUGGUCAUCCAGUUCAAGUACCAGUGGAAACACUACAGAAAAAUGUAGUGAAGAUGAUUACUCUCGGCUAUUAUGUAUUGUAAGGAAGAACAAAAGAAGACUUUUAAUAAUUUAAUAAAUUAUAAUUAUACUGAUGAUCAAUCAAUCAGGAAUAUUAAUUGAAAAUGGAUUUGCCCUUGAAACCUCCCCCUUUAAUGUCAUUGACACCAAAGAAAAAUUUACAUUAUUAUAUUGGACGAGUGAGAGCAUUUUGGGAAGAUAAGAUAUUUUUCUCUGAUCAAAGGAAUGUGGCUAUAGUAAACAUACAAAAUUUGUAUCUCCAUGGAAAACGGGCAACUAGGGAAGAUGUGGUUUAUCUUGAAAAGAGGGUAUCUACUAGCGAGUGGUAUGGGGCACCAGAAUUUUAUUCGUACGUCAGUCAUUACCCAAGUGAGGUUCCAUACUCCUGGCCAUACAAACUCUCUGGAAAGGUUAUGUGGCAAGCCAGUUAUGCUUGGACCGGGUGUAUGCCCGAGUUCAUUGAAAGAGACUGUCAAAAUGAUAUUGUUUAUAUGCCUGUUAGUUACUACACAGGAAAGGUUAUCAGAUGUUUUGAAGAUAAAAUCCUUUUUGGAGACACAAGAAAUAAUGUAAUGGUAAAUUUAGAAGAUUUCUAUAUUUUUGGGGAAAGAGCCAGCAAGAAGGAAAUGGCAGUGGGAUUUAAUAAAUUAGAUCCUAUUAUCCAUGCAUAUGUUACAAAACUGAAAGUACUUGCAGGUGCCAACACCAAAAUUAUAGGGCCAGAACCUAAUUUACCUACAUGGCCCAAACAGCAUUAUACUUCAGACACAUGGGUGGCUAAAUAUGCCUGGCAGGGAGAAAUGCCAGAAGUAGUGAAAAGGCAAGUGGGAAGGUUCUAUAUGAUACACAUGAACCAGUGGGAUAAUAUAGGGUUUAUUCCUUGGGUGAAGGGUAUACAGUCAGGAUUUUAUAACACUGAAAAAAGAGAAAAUACAGGCAAGAGAGAAAUAUUAAAACAGCCUGAAGAAAAGGAAGACGGCGAAUCGAAAAUCAGCAUAGACACAGCAUUUAUACCAGUUGAGCAAGAAGCGGGCAUAAUGAAAGGGUCAUUGUUAUUGGCCAACCAUCACCAAGGACUUUUAACAAGCUUUGUAGAUGUAAUCGCCUUUACUAAAGAAAAUUUUUAUGUAAAUGGUGAAAAAUUUAGAAGCCAAAUGUCUCUCUCGGAUUUCUUUAAAAGUAGAAAAAUUCCAUUAACUGCUUGGGUAGUGUCUCUUGCAAAACCAAAAGUUAUAUUUCACAUUAAUGUUGUUUGGCGUGCUGUUUGUGUUUGGUAUGGUGAUACGCCGAAGAACUUGGAAAGUCUCAAGAAAGAAUAUUUGGAAGGGAAAUUAACUGGAAAUUUAGUUGAAACUAUCAAUUCCAGCUCAGUGAAAAAAUUUACUCAUUUCAUAGGAAAUAUUACAAGUCUUUCCUUUGCUUCAGGUGUUUUAAAAAGCAAGGUUUCUCUCGCACAAACGGUUAAAAUUUCCUUUAAGAGGAGAACUUUGUACAUGUAUGGUUAUAAGUUUCACUCCAGUUGUCGCCUUCUUGAUAAGCAACAAAUAUUGGAAUCUUUUACGUGGUCUGUAUUGGCUUUCCCUAUUGCAUCAGAAAAUCACCCUGGCACUCUUCAAUACCAUGCAAUUGCUCUGUGGCAGUUUCAGUAUCAAAACUAUAUUACCAUGAACCUUUUUAGAAUAAUUGCAGAAGCCAAUGAUCCCAAAUCUGAUCUAAAUGAGAGUAGCACUAACUUUGGAAACUGUUCUUUUGGGAAAGAGGAAUUGGGUCACCAUAUGUCUGGAUGGAUUGUAAUGGUUUCUGAAUAUAAUGGUAUCAUACAAAGUGGAAGUAAUCAAGUUGAAGCUACUUAUAUUGUUUUCAACAAAUCAAUCCUCUAUGUGGAUGGAGAAUUAUUACCUGACCAUGUAUCUUUGAAUGCAGUUGAUAGAUAUCGUCAGUGUAAUGUAUAUGCUAAACCAAAACCAGGUACAUAUUUUGAGGGACUCUUGAUAACAAUGGAGGCAAGUAUGGUGUGGAUUGGGAAAAAACCUUUUAUUUUGGAAUCUCCAAUAAAAGGAACAGCUAAUAUAAAAGAUAAUAAUAUACAAUGUGGAAAUGUGAAAAAUAUAUUGGAAAUGGUAUUGUGUGCAAAGCCUGAAGAGAGUGAAAUUUCAGCAGGAAGGAAAAAUGCUCUUGUAGAGUCAUGCACAAAUGAAGGGUCAUUGAUGAAAACUGAAGAUAACAAGCCAGCUAUUGGACUUUAUGCAAUUGAAGGCAUUGUAGCAGGAACUGUAUUAAUAACAGACAGUCAACAAGGACUAAUGGUUUGCUAUAAGAGCAUUGUGGCUUUUAAUAGCAAAAACUUUUAUAUAGAUGGUGUAAAGUUUGAUGAGCAAUUUACAUCCCUUGUAGAGUAUUUUUCAAACAAAAAUAUACCUAUAAGAGCUUGGGUGGUGCCUUUGAAAGAACCUAGAGUAUUAUUUAAUUGUCAGGUUGUUUGUGAGGCUGUGUGUGUCUGGAUUGGGCAAGAGCCAGCUGAACUUAAAAAUCUUGAAAGUGAAAAGCAAAUAGGAACGUUACUAAAGGAAUCUGAAAAUGAUGAGGAAUCUCAUUUUCCGGUGGUUGUGUUCACUUACUUGCUAGGAAGUGUAACUAAUCUCUCUGCAUCAACUGGGUUGAUAACCUGUGAGACUCCUCUUGGUAGUGUGAAAGUGGCAUUUUGGAAUAAGUCGCUGUUUCUGAAUGGAGCCAAGCUGCCUUGUGGUAAAGAUUUGCAGACUAACAAUGACACUUUAACAUCGUCCACAUGGUCUAUGCUUGCAUAUCCCAUUGCACUGAAAGAAAUUCUAGGUGAAACAAUUGCAUAUUGUGCUUUGGCAGUUUGGCACUGUACAGACCAGCAUAAGAUAAGGAAUGAGCUUUCACAGUUAACAUCCACUAAGACUCAAGAUUUACCAUUUUACAUCUUACCAAUUAAUAUUCAGAGAGCAAUUACAAAGGGAACUAUGGCUAUUGAAGGAUCAGUUGCAAAUUCAGGAACCUUAAUGUGUGGCUGGAUAGUUUUUACUCAAAAAAGUUUUGGCAUUAUUGAGUGUGUCGAUGACAAUACCCAGAAGUGCACAAAUGUUCUCUUUCACCGCACCAUGCUAUGGAUUGAUGGGCAGGCUGUUGAUUCCAAGGGGGAUCUAUGUCUGAUUGACCGUUCAUUGCAGUGUACUCUGUACACUGGUACACACCGUGAACGUGAGUUGUGUGUGUGUGGCUACGCAAUAAGUUGUAUUGCUAGUGUGGUAUGGAUGGGCAAGAAACCUCGAAGGAUUACUGCUGGACCAUACUCAUUUUUCAGUUCAUCUAAACUACAAUUGAAAAUUGUCAAAAUGGACGAGGCAGAAAAAAAUGUUGAAAACAAAGUCCUCCCAGAACUUUCAGAAGCAACAAUUAUGCAGAUUUUAGAGGAGUCUGGAGUUGAUGAAAUACAUGACAGGUUAGGAGAUGAAAAAGAGGAGCCAGUCCAAAAAUACUGUGGCAAGCACAUAACUGGGCGGAUUAUUCAGAAGUGUAAAGGGGGUGGAGUUGCUCAGUGGCAUAGCAUCCAGCUUGGGGGUGAAGUAUAUAUUGAAUUUUCUCGUCAAGAUGUGUAUGUCGAUUUAAGUCCUGUGACUAAGAAGACUAAAAUGUCGGCUCUCGAGUCUCGGCCAUGCAAUUUCUAUGUCAUUCCAGUACCUCACCAUGAAGUUGGUGAAUAUACUAUUAGUUUAGCUGCAACUUGUGGCUGGAUAGGCAGUAAACCAUCACAUAUCCCUCCCCCAGGAACACAGGAAUUGGUUAAAAUUGAUCUGAGUAAUGUUCAUGUAACUCCUGCCUCUGUGAUACAACAGCAGAAUUCGUGCUCUCCAAACAUUCAGAGCGGCAUAAAUUCGGCACAACCUGGAGCCGUUCCCAAAGAUAAAAAUCUUCAGGUUUUGGGCAUGAAUGGUCAGUCUAAAAAUCAAAGUGUAUAUGAUUCUCAUAAAGAUAAGAGCUUAAUAGAUAAUACAACCAGCUCUUCUGCCAAUCCACAUUCUCAUGAUAAAAAUCGCAGUAAGAUUUGGGAAGAAGAUAUGAAAGAAAACCAUUUGAGAGGUUCCAUAAUAGAACUCCACUCAAAUGUUGGCAGACUUCAAGGUGCAGAUGGAAGCCAACAUUAUUUCUCACGUGACCAUUGUUAUUUGUAUGGUGUCAGCCUCCGGUGUGUUGAGCUGUGGCAUGUUCUUGUUCAAGGCGAGGCUGUGACGUACACGACAAGUGAGAUCAGCCCAGGAACAAGCAAAGUGCAGGGAGUAUGGGUUGGGGCCCAGAAGAUUGGUGAUGUGCAGAAAGCUGCUGCACACAUAUAUGAAUGGUGCAAAAGAAAUUUAGUCCCUGAUGGGGCUCGUGAUUUAUUGGUGCACCAACUUGAGGUUUCCUAGCAGUUGUCUGUGCCUGUUGCCUGUGAGUGUUCCUUCAAGGAUAACGGAGGCUAGAUCCAUUACAUCAAUUACAUUAAUGUAAUGUCUCGUGUCUCAUUAACAGGUAUUGUAUUAUAAUUACAAAUGUCCAUUCAAAAUAUCUUGUUAAUAUAAUGAACUACAUAAUACUUUGAAGUUCACACUUGUAUGAACAACUUGUAUAUGUAAAAACAUAAAAAUUAUGUAAUGACUAAUUCAAAGGAAUUCUUCCUUAUAUUUCUGAUAGGUAUUGUAAUUUGUAUGCAAAGUGAGAGGCUCUGUUAUCUUCCCCUGACGUAUUGUAAUUGUUCCUUUGCUCAAAUCAGUAAAUAGACAGAAGUGAGUGAACUAAUAUUUGAAAAUGUAUUCUGCCAUUGACAAUUCUUAAUAUAACGUUGAAAUUUAUUUUAAUACAAAAUAAUUUAUUCUAAUUACAUUUAAUUAUCAAGAUUAUAAAUAUAAGGUGGGUUGCAAUUGGCAGGUUUUGUUUCCUGCUAAAAUGUUGGUGUGCUUUGUUGUAAAAAGCAGAAUAUAUUUUAUGGAGUAACCUGGAAAUAUUAUUUUUAUAUAACUUGUAGUAAAUAGUUUUUAGUUUCAAUUGAUUACCUUUACUGGAGUGUGUUGUUAUUACUGUGGUGGUCUUAAUUGUAUCCUUCUAAGCUUAUAAUCCAAUUGGUAUUCAACUGUAAGCCAAUUGGUAUUCAACUGUAAGCCAAUUGGUAUUCAACUGACAUCUCUAUAGUGUCAUGAGGGCUACUGUGUGUGUGUGUGUGGGGGGUGAUGCAUGUGUGUGUUGAAUACUACAAAUACAUGGUGUAGUACACUAAACUUUUGUGUAGGUAUGGUGUUUAAUAUUAUGUCUUUUAGACAAUAUGAUGAUCAGUAUACAUCAUCAAUCAGUAUGGCCUUAAAGAUAAUAAUAACUAUCAAAGACUUUAUUUUGAAAGUAGCAUUUAUUCACUAUUACACAGUAAAUGGUGUCAUUCUCAAAGUCAUGAGUAUUAAGUUUCUCUUUUCCAAGUAAAAAGUAUAACAAAUUUAUUAUGAAUAGGUAAGUGUGUUUUGGCAUAUAUUUAGGAACAUAUAGGGAAAAGGGAAUGUAAUGGGGAGGAAUGAAUGAAUUCUUGGUACUAUAUAUUAAUAGGUAAUAUUACUACUAUAUAUUACUAAUAGGUACUAUAUUAUUAAACUCGCUCCAAAAAAUUAUAGCCAAAACUAGAAAGAAACAAAAUGAAACUAAACUGAAAGUGAAUGGGAGGGAAUUAAUAAAUGACAGUACCCAAGAGGAAUUCCUGCUCUUCUGCCUUGAAGCAUGGUGACAUGCACAAGCUCUCUCCCUCACACACAACUGGGCACCCCACACCCCCUUUAAACACCCCCACACAUACACCAGACAACCACACAUUGACUAAUACCGACACCCAGAACCUGUCGCAUUCAUUAGAACAAUAUGAAAUAAUGGAGAAUUUUCUUCUUGGAUUUUCUAGGUGACUUGCAACUUACCCAGUCACAACCCGUUGUUCAUUCAGUCUAGGUCUCAUUGUCCAAAAAGCAUGUGGUCCUCUGAAUUCCUGAAAACCUUAUGUGGAGUAUUACAGGGGAAUGGUUUUUAUAUACAAAUAUGUAGGGUUAAAUUAAUAGUUAGUUAUUCACAUGUAUGCUCACCCUAAACUUGUGGGCUGGCCUCUCCCAGGGUAACUUGCUGGAAACGAGACCACGACCUGACCAUCGCUGGCCCGGUCCCCAGUGAUAGAUCACAAAGUUUACAACCUGUUGUUUUAAGAGAUGAAGACAAUUUAGCCAGGUCCCACUGGAUAAGUGAAACUGUCUGAACAUAUAAUCAUUUAUUUCACUAAACCCCACACCCACUUCUAAUAAAUAUUCUUAUUAAACAGAACUUACUCUACUGCCACUUUCCCACCUGGUAAUAGGUGUAUGGACUCGCAUAAACAAAUAUCAACACUGUAAAGCACCAUGAAGACCGUUAAAGCCGCAUCAAAACACUCCCUCUAGAUCCUCUCAUGGAGACUUUGAUCUCGAAUGGUCCUUGAGUAGCUUUUUACAUAAUAAUAAUAAUAAUAUUUAGACUUUGUGGCAACGUGGAAAGAACAGGACUUACUGAUAAAUAAAUGUUCAGCUCAAAGCACCACAUUUCUCUCUCGCUAGAAUCUGUACAAGUUAAAUUCCUCUCUCCAGCUCCUGGCAGCGUUUACUAAACAAAAUUGUACUGUACUGCAACUGUCCUGUACUUCGUCAACUUUGCCAAAUAAAACUAAAUUAUCACAACUUCAUAAUCCUACUGGCUAUGUUCUAUAACAUAACUUAGGUUAUUUUGAGAUGCUUUCGGGGCUUAGCGUCCACGCGGUUCGAUCCUCGACCAGCCCCCCUUUUUGUGACACACGCCCAGGAGGCAUACCCAAAGCAGCUGUCUAACUCCCAGGUACCUAGUUACUGCUAGGUGAACAGGUGCAACAGGGUGAAUGAAACUGCCUAUUUGUUUCCACACGCACUGGGGAUCAAACCAGGAACCUCAGAACUAUGAAUCCCAAGCGGUGUCCUUUCGGGACAGUAACUUACUGCAUCCAAAGGCUAAAACAGCCAUUAGUUUACAUUUUCACGGUUAAUCGUGGCACCGUAGUUAAUGAUAGGCAUUGUUUGGUGGCUACUAGCAUUUACAAACAAGACCAUUGAUGCUGUUUUGUGGAAUUACCUCUUAAGGAUCAUUUCUGGGCUGGAUUGAUUAAUUUCUUGUAGCUCUGUAAAGCAUGUCACUUGUACCUGAUUGCACAAUCUAAUAUCCAAUGACAGUAGGAUUUUGAGGGAGAGGAAUGAGUGUGUUCAAGGCGAUUGUGCCUUUGUUGACCAUUGCCCUUUUUCUUGUUACCAAAAUUACAUUUAUAAUUGUGAUUUUAACAUAUGCAUACAAUGUAAUGUAUGGUAUUAACAUAUACAGUAAUGUCGUUAUCCCUUUUGUUCUGAGAAGUGUUGACUACACACACAAUUACAAUAUUUGGUAGACCUAAGACAAACCUGGGUGCCUGCAUUGGUUGAAAGCAUAAAAUUGGGAGAAACAAUAUACUGUAUUGGCAAUAAUAAGUUCUUUAUGAUCUUUCAUGUUGUGAUUAUACACAUUUAGUCAGAUUUUCACAAUAUUUCCUAGCAAGAUGUUAAUUUUCUCUAUUUGGCCUCUAAAGUUUGAAAGUAACUUGGUUUGGGCUAAAUAAUGUUUGAAGCCACUCUGUUAACAAUAUAUGACACUGACAGCACUAACAACAGUCUGUGAAUAUGAAUGAAUGGAGCUUGACUGCAGAAGCACCAUACCAUCUUGUUUUAUUAAACAAUUGCAGUUGCAAAAUUAUUUAACCAGGGUUAAUUCUUUGCAGAAACUUCACGUGAUAAUUUAAUGUUUAAAAUAAUUCAAGUAUUUUGACUUCACACAUUGUUUCAUGAGUAAGCCCUUUAUACCAAGUUUCAGUCUCUGUGGGUGAACUAUGGAGGUACUAAGUUUGGAUACAGAUUAUCAUGGAUUAAUGCUGAUAAUUUGCAUUAAUCCUUGGGUCUUCCACAUUCUUGGGAGUAAGUCAGGCUCCCACACACCCUAUAUUUAAACUUCUAGGGUUACAGUUAUAGAUCAUUGCACAUCCCAAGCAUUCUGGACUAUAUUGUGAGAUGAAUAUGUGGCUGAUUUGCAUGAGGGAUGUUCUCGGAAUAGCUUGUUCAUAUUGAAUUUGCACGAAUCAAACUUUUGGUUAAGCUGUAUAAAAACCUCUUAAGGCCCAUAUUGUUUUCUAGUCCUGUCUCUUAAAGCAUAUACAAGACAAUAUUUGAUUACUACAAUCCCCUUUUUGUCAGACUUAAUCAUGCUAAUGAGUACAGUGAUGAUACUUAUUGUUGUAGAGCUCAUUUUAUGAGGAGAUAGAUUCUAUAGGGUGAGGGGCAUUGUUGUUGAAUUUCACUUCUUCACUGGAAGGUGCUUGUGACAACCUUAUGUUGAGUGAGGCAUAAUGCAGUGUGUUUGAAUAUAAUGUUGCGUAGGGAUAAGUAAAUGUUGUGUGGUGUCUGCACUGUAGGUGCAUGGCAGCUUAAAUCCCACAUCAUUGCUCUUGUCACCAGAAACUAUUUAUUCCAUAUUAAUAUCAUCUACCAUUUGAUUUUCCGAAAGACAACGAAGGUAAGGGACACGGAACCACCAAUUAGCACAAAAGUUGGUCAGGGGCAUUGGCCAUUAUCCUGUUUUUAGUGCCUUUUGACAUUAAAGCUAUCUUCUCUGAGUGUUAUUGUGACAAACUUCAAUCUCAUUCCAUAGAUAUUAAUACAUCUGUCUGAGAUAUUAAUACAUCUGGCUUCAUGCAGGUCCACGUUCAAUCCCCGACUGUCCAAGUGGUGGGGCAGGGAUUCCUUUUCCCCCGUCCCAUCCCAAAUCCUUAUCUUGAUCCCUUCCAAGUGCUAUAUACUGUAGUCGUAAUGGCUUGGCACUUUCCCCUGAUAGUUCUCUUCCCACUUUCUCUUGUUAUAAACUUAAUAAAUUGUUUUAUUUCCACUGCUUAUUUCUUAAAUUCCUACCUUGAUGCACACAGUAAUUAUCAUUAGUUUACAUUCGUUUACAACUUCAACUACAAUGAUAAAUAGGUUAUAAUUGAAAGAAGGUCGUCACAAAAUGUGGUGUGCGCUAUUAGGGUAACGGUGUCGUUCAUCAGUCCCCCAUGAAUUUUUUUUUUUUUUUUCAAAUUCAAUUUAAAAGUACUUUAUCAUUUUCUGGAUAUUUUUUUUAAUGAAUGGAAAGAGGACACUGAUCAAUAAAGUGACAAAAUUUAGUCUGUAGGUGCAAUACGUCUAUAGAUAUUAAUAGAGAUAACCUGUCAAAUUUUUGGAACGGACCAAAUAUUUGGCUGCCCAGGUGCAUUGUCCAACCAGUUGAAUUGCUAAAUUUGUAAAGGAAUUUCACUAGCAUAAACAUUUAUAAAAUGAUCAGUAUUAAACCUAUCUUCUUUUUGGAAGUUUUGCUCUUCAGCAACGAUUAUUAGCCUUGUUUUCCUUAAGGUUAGUAAUUUCCUUUUGAUAAACAUAUACAGUACUGUACUUUCUAGUGGGGUGUUUUCUCAGUAUUUAGCAGAUCUCUGAUCCCUCCAAGCACUCCUUGCUUUGAAAGGGGGAGGGCUCAGAUUCUAGUCCUGGCCAAGGUAGGUAGGCUCGAAGGAAUUUUGAGAGGCUUGGCGCAGUUCCGUAGACACUCGGCAACCCCAGUGUCAUGGCUUUCAGGGAGCUACCGAGUGGCCCACCAGUAGUAGUUUCAUCACAUGCUUCUGGUAUUCUGGUAGUCUUGAGACUUGCUCUUUUAGCUGCCAACUGUUCUUGGUGUUUUUUUUUUUUUUUUUUUUGCAAAGUUAGAGGGAAGAAUAGCACAUACUUAGAAUUUAGAUUAUGUAUUUGAGAACUGUACAAGUUGUAUGAGAGCUUGAAUGUUUACUAAGGUGAAAUGAUAGUAAACUCUUCUUGAAAAGCAGGAUGGUGUGCCCUCUUUGCCCUUUCGAAUUUAAAUAAUGAUUCACUUUCCAGAUUGCUGAAUAUAUAUAUAUUCUGCUAAUUCUACCAUAAGUUUUCAUUGCUAUUACAUGAUAUAACUCAAUCAUUUGCACAUUUACAAAUAACAUUAGAUUUAUGAUAAAUUACUAAUCAAUGUUAAAAUAUUUGUUAACUUGUAUUUCUGGUGAUCCUUCACGUUUACCAUAAUGCUGUUAAGUUUUCAUCUAUGCUCAAAAAAAUUUAUAAACAUUUUGAUAAAAUCCAAGUUGUAACCCUAUUAAUAAUAGCCUUGAAAAUGUGAAAUGUUUCUUAACAUUUAAUACAUCUCUGAUCAAGCAUUUUGAGAUGGAUUGGUGACUGGCUAACUAAACAUGUGGUACACACCUGGAACAUGAAGGUAACAAGAAUCUUUAUACAGUACUUGCACAUCUUAAAUUCACUUGGCUGAAUACACAGGCUUGAUCACUGUCUGACUACUGGCAUCAGUGGCUCAAAUGUUAAGUGGCAUGUAUCAUGAGUACCACUGAGGGUUAAGAUCUGAUUACUGAUGUGGAAGGCAGCUUUGUGUUGGCACCUGUAUACUUAUCAACUUUCACCAGCUCACUGUAGGUAAGGUGGAGGCCUCUCAUCCUGGGCGGAUUGGAACCGUUUUGAUUUGUAUGACAUGUUGUUUUCUUAAAAAUAGAUCUAGUUUCUUGACCUCUGCAGAUAUUUUUUUGUUUAGAUUGUUGACAUUGCAUUUUGUAAUGCUUAAUAUUGUUUUGGCCUGAACAGCGAUUUGCCCCUUAUCUGGUUUGGGUUUAAGGUUUCGUCCAUUUAUAGAACGUUCCUUGAAGAGAAGUCUGUAAGUAGCUUAACUUAUGUUCUGCUUUCAUCUUGGUAGGGAUACCUGUCCAUUGUUCAUUCAUCUCUACAUGAUUUAAGUAUAUAAAUGGAUGAAGGGGUAUUAUAAUAAUGAUAUAAUAAGAUUUUGAAUGUAUGGACAAAAAUAGAACUCGAAACAAUUGAUAUAAAUUGGUUACGUAUUUUUUCAGGAAAGAUGUGGAUAAAUAUUAGUUGGGAAACAGGGUUGUGCAUUUAUGGAACAUUACUGGGUAACAUUAUAGACAUGAUUGUUUGAACCAUAGGUUAGACACACUCUACACUCAAUAAUCUGAAUUAUAUAGGUCCCACUCCCUUUUAAAUUAGCUAAUAUUUGUUGUUCCAAGAAUGUCCGAAAAGAAAAAAUCUAGUAUAUUCUGGUUUCUCCGUCCGUCAGAAAUCUCAUUAACUCGAAUUUGUAUUUGAGUUGAGAGAUCUAGGUUAUCAAGGCCUUUACAAUGUGCUUGGUACAUAUUCAUGCCUUGGUCUGUUCGUUUCACUAAAAUUUUUGACAAAGGGUGUGGGCUUUUUAUUCUCCAUGCUGCCUAUUACCACAAUAGGGACACAGCCAUUAACGAUAAUUCCCACACCUGUAUAUGGGGAUUUUGCAUUUUUAGCAGGUUGAUACGUAUCCUGGUCUUGCAGACCGUCUCCUGUCGGCAUUUUUAUAUAGAGGGCAAGUUUUUUUUUAAUUCAGAUGGACAGCUGUAUUUUUGUGUGCUGCCAGUUUCUUUGGUCUAGACUUCUUUCAGGACCACAAUGCUCUGUUGUUCUUACCUAUCCAUGAUGUGUGGUUAGGGAAGUUCAUUUGUCCUCUUUAUUAUCCCAUGCUUUUGGUAUGUAUUUUUUAGCUGCCGUUUGUUCUUUGUAGACCCAGUAACAUUGCAUUCUUGUUUUGUAGGUUUGUCCUCAAGAUGCUGUUUGUCUGGUGGCAGCUUGGUGUUGGUUCCACAUGGUUGGCCAUACUGUAUUCAAAAGAAUGGGUUCUAAGAACAUAGGAGUAAUGUACAAUUGGGGGAGAGCAGUUACACUUACUAAUAAAUCCACUAUUAUGCAAAACAUUUUGGGCAAAUGUUUAACCUCUUCAGGUCCCUAAUGUUGGGUUCACAUUUCUGGUUAGUCUUGUUCUCGAGGAUGAUUUUUGGCUUGUCAGUUUGGUGGUUCGCACCAGCCACAGGAGUACCCAUUUUAGAUUUAACUUGAUACCCAGCUUUUAUAUUGUUCUGCAGGCUGGUCCAUAUAAUCUAGAGAUAAUAGAUUUUCUGUAUUUUCACAAAGUUCCUGACAGGAGUAACACUUGAGUUGAUUUCUUGUCCCGAUUUUUUGGCAACAUGCAAAUGGUUGUAUUCAUAUCUUCCUUUUCAUGUGUGUAAUAAAUAUUUGUUUGAAGUUUAGUGGGUUUUUAUUGUAACUGGAUUUCAGGUCAUGGUAGUUCUAUGCUAGGCAAGCAUCAUUGUCACCACACAUUGUAAUUUUGUGCUGGGUGUUCACUUCAAUGACUUUUUGACUUAUAGUGCAUACCAUGAAAUAAUGUGGCUGGUCAACAUCAAUAAUAGUGGAUCACUGUCUCAUUCCCCUCCUUAUAUAACAUAUUUGAAUACUUCCUUUGGCAGCAUUUGCAAUUGUAAAUCACUUGGUAGCAGGUACCAAAUCCAAAUAACCAACUUGGCUUUUGGGCAAAUCUGCUUACUAAAUGAUCAGAUAUAAUAAUUGUUUAUAAUAGUGCUUUAGCCAUUCAGGCACAGAUAGCUUAGACAGUGCCAGUAGUCGAGAUAGUCAAUAGCAGGCAAAUAAUAUUGUGCCUUACAUUUCAUUAUGUUUUUACAUUAUUUGCAGUGACAUUCAAGGUAAUUUUUCUUGAAAUGCAUUCUCUCUGCACUUGUGUACAUGAAGUAAAUAACAUCAUAGUCAAAAUGCAUGGUACAGGCAGUGAAUAGAACAUCAUUGUGCAUAAGAAUAUAGUUUUUUUUUUUUUACUUGGUGCUUAAAUACUGUACUGAAUAACCUAGAAAAUGUACCCACUUUUUCAAGAAGUUCUGAAAGCUCCCCAAGGCCAAUUUGAGCAGCUCCAGUGGAGUUGCUCAAAUAAUAAUUGUAAUAAUCUAUUACUCCCCUAUCACUUUAAUUCUCCAGAUAUGCUCAAAUUGGCCUCCAACAUAUAAGUAUUCAUGCCAUGAUCUGAAGAUAUCCCAGUAGAAUUGAUUUGUAGGUUAGAAGUGACUGAGAGUUGUAUUCCAUUGGUGCUCCCGAGUUAAUUUUAUAAUUUGUUGUUGGGAAUAUGUUGUUUUAGGUUCAUUUUAAGUAUAUUUCACAUAAAUGUGUGUAUUUCACUUUUUUCCACGAGAGCAAGAAGACAUUCCUUUUAUUGCACUGAAAUUUAUGCAGUACAUGUAAUCAGUGUAUAUUUCUAUGCUAAAAUUAGUUUAUAUGUUGCUUUAUAAAUAUAUAUAUAUAUAUAAUAUAUAUCAUAAUAUAUCUAUAUAAUAUAUACAUAAACAUAAUAUUUAAUAUAUAUAUUAUAUAUAUACAAGGGAGUACUGUACCACCUCUGGCUGGAAGAAGGGGAACCCUUAGCCUCGGAGGAAACCACACACAACGCAUUAGAGGGAUGUUUAGGUCCCCUCCAAUACAGUUUGUGUGCUUUUCUCUUACCACCCUCUUCCUUUUGUGUGUGUGUGUAUAUAUAUAUAUAUA